ACAAAUAUAUAUAUUUUUUACUGUCACAAAUGAAUGUAAAUAUAUUAUAUAUGUAUAUAGUGAAUCUCCGUGUUGUAAUGUUGGUGUUAAUGAUGUCAUUUUCUUGGCUGUAUUUUUCUAGAAGGAUCCUUUUCGUCUUUAGCAACAGAUUUCCGCUCUAAUGCCGAAUCAGAAGCUAACUUCAACGUCGCGGUGACAGAAAGAGCGGGCUGCCAUUUGCUUUGGACGGUUCGUUUUGGACCCAAGAAAUGUCUGUUUCCUCACCCGGAGAAGCCAAGUGGAUCACCGGGAGCUGGUGUAAAGUGUUGGAGGAAAACCGACGAUCUGAAGGCUUUUAAGGAGUAAGAUGAAUGUCCGACUACCAAAGACCAUCUCCGUCAUAUGGGAGGUUGCUUCCCUGGAAAUAGAUUGACUUUAUUAACCACCUCUUUUAACUGCCUUCAAGAGGCUGCGGAAAGUCUAUAAUGGAAACCUCAAGUGCUGUUGUGAGGCAUUGUAACCCAACUCUCAACUCUCAUCUAGUGUUCCCCGACUCUUAACGAAGCCUGCUGCCUUAUUGAUACCUUUAACCAAACCGGUUCGACAGACGGCAGUCGACCAGAUCCCAGAAUGGUUGUGGUUUCCUUCAGGAUACGAAAAUGUCAUUUUGUGCAGCUGCUAGCCACAUGCCUUGUGCUGUCAACGGUGAUGGUUUGCUGGGAAGAACUAGACAACAAGGUUGUCAGUCACGUCAAGUCGUACUCCUUUCGGUACCUGAUCAACAGCUUUACCUACAUCAACAAAAGCCUCACCAUUCCACAUAAGCAGGCCCGGAGCUUCAGUAACUUUCAUUACCUGUUGGAUCAUCCGGAAAAAUGCGCUAACCAGGACGUCCUCCUCCUCCUGUUCGUCAAAUCCUCACCGAAGAACAUUGAAAGGCGUAAUGCAAUCAGAUCCACAUGGGGCAACGAGAGCUACAUACAAAACACUCUGGGGGUGACGGUCAGGGUACUGUUUGCCUUAGGAGCUCCCACAACCAAGGAAAAUGAGCCAUCGUGGAGCAGGAAGAGUGGCUUCGGCUUCCAGGAACAGCUCGUUGAAGAGGAUCGCCUCCACAGAGACUUGAUCCAGAAAGACUUUGUGGACUCUUUUUACAAUCUGACCCUGAAACUGAUCUUACAGUUCCACUGGGUGCACAGUCGCUGUGCACACGCCCGCUUCUUCAUGACUGCUGAUGAUGACAUCUUCGUCCACAUGCCCAACUUGUUGAAGUACCUCCAGAACGAAAGUGCCAGGGGUGUCACUGAUUUUUGGGUUGGACGUGUACACAGGGGAGCCCCACCGGUUCGCAGCAAAUACAGCAAGUACUACGUCUCCUUUGAGACAUAUCCGUGGUUGUCUUAUCCGGAUUACACCGCCGGAGCCGCCUAUGUGGUCUCUAGGGACGUAGCAGCCAAAAUCUACCAAGCCACUCUGGCCCUGAACGCCUCAAUCCACAUAGAUGACGUGUUCAUGGGCAUCUGCGCCAGCGCCAUGGGCCUGUCUCCGCAGGAGCACCCAUAUUUUGCAGGGGAAGGCAAGGCGCCUUACCACCCCUGCAUCUACGACCAGAUGAUAACAUCACAUAGCCACGUGGAUGACAUUUAUGAUUUAUGGAGGGCAGCGACGGACCCACAGGUAAAACAGGAGACCUCUGGGUUGUUCGGAAGCCUGUACUGCACAGUCGUGAGGGUGUCUCUCCUCUGCAGGCCCUCCUUUGUGGGCACCUACCCUUGCAAGGCUGCUCUGUGGUAAUACUCAGGUUUGUCAGUGUGAAACAAAGUAGGAAAUAUACAUGCCGAUCGGCCAAUAACUAAAUCCUGAUCGCAUCUAGUUAAGUACUUAGUAAAUUAGUCGAUGAUUGCUAACAUUUAGUCAAAAAAAACAUGAGGCAGGAUAUAUUCUAGACUUGUGGUAGGCAGUGGGCAUAUAAAGAUGAUGUUUACAUUAAUAAAUAUGAAAUAUUAUUUAUAGCUAAAUUCCUGAAUGUUGUGGUUUAGUCUUAACCGAAACUAUUACAAUUAAAACAAAUGUAAUUACUAUAACUUGAUCUAUACCAAAAACCAUAAAACCAAUGAAGACCUACUAGUUUAUCUAUGUUUCAAGUUUGGUCUUGUAUUAAAACCCGCACAGGAGACUGCCAAAUAUCAAUAAAUUAUUCUGUUUUGACCAAAACAUCAUCUAAAUUUGAGGGGUAUAAAGUAAGUUAUUAGAAAAAGACUCCUAAUAAAUCAUCAGGUUUUUAUUGCUGUCCUCAUACGGAUUCCACUGGAGAUUGAUGACUGAAUGACUAUUACCAUAUCAUUCUAUCAGUCCUAAUUGAUUAGAAGUUUAUUCUCUGUGAUAAAUAUGGAAAAUAUCCAAAUUUUGUAUGUAUGUUUUGUUUUUUAGCUCUGCUAUUACCUCAGUCCUUUUCAUUUGGACGUCAGCACUGUGUUUAAUGUUAAAGAAAAAGCCAAAGGUUUUUUAUUUUUUGUUUACUUACACAUUUGUAUAAGACUAUCAGUCAUAUUUAUGCUGCAGUUUGAGUUGAUUAUAAUACUUGUGGUCCACGGAAUGUGAAAACAUUAUUUAGAGACGUGUGUUCGGAUCUUUAUACGAGUGCUGGUUUUGAUAGUUUUUCCUAAGUUCCACUGACAGGAUCUUCAAACCGUCGGUGUUCUGCAGCACUUGUCUUUGCUUUGAUGUUUUCAUGUUUAGAGCUUUCAAAAAAUGCUGAAAAUGUAACUAAGAAAAAUGGCAGUAUGUUGAAUUUGUUUCUUUUUUUUUAAGUGACCUCAGUUGAAUAAAAUUGGCAGCGUUUUGUGUGCACAGACUUCA